GCGCGCUGGGCGGGCUCUAGGCCUGCUGUAGGCCUCAGUGGAGCUGGAGGCCGGAGUACCGGCGCUGCCGCCUCGCAAGGACCCGGGGGCCGCCGCCGCCGCCGCUAGUGGACAGACGGACGGACAGACAACUGUGUGUGUGUGUGUGCGCAUCGACAAGUUACAAAAAUGGAAAGAAGCAAAUGGCGUGACAGGAGGCAAUCUGCACAGCACAAUCGGCGACAACAUAACCGAUGGCAACACCGAGAGCAUUAUAGUCACAGGAAUCAGCAUUAUGACGCUGGUGAAUCGAAUGAACAGAAUAGUUCCAGAAUGUCAGCAGGGGAACCGACUAGCAGUACUUCAGUGCCAUCUGAUGUUCCCGAGCUACCUGGGUUCUACUAUGAUCGAGAAAAGGACAGAUAUUUCAGGCUAUUACCUGGACAUAACAAUUGUAAUCCUCUUACCUGGGAGGCAAUUAAUAAACGGGAAAUGGAAGAAAAGCGAUUGAAGAUGUUGGAGGAGGAUGCUAUUAAUACGAGGGUCGCUCGAAUGGGUAUGAACUUCAUUUCACUUGCACGGAAAAGGCACUGCGGACUAAUGAACUUCCGAUCAUAUCACCAGCUUGUUCAUGAACUCAAGAUCAGUAGGAUGAGAAGGAAUAAGCUCACGAUUGAACGUUCAGAUUCUUCCAUCACGAGUAAUUUCAGAAUGAUUUUGGCAGAUACCAAUUGUGAGCGGAUAUUUGUUGUGAAAAAUGAUGUUAUCGGCUACAAAUAUGGAAUUGUGAGUCUGAAUGGAUGUACGAAAGGAUCCGGCCUAAUCUCUGUGUCAUUGUGUGACAAUUUGUACUUUACAUUUCGCAAGGGAACGUCAAUGUGUUGGGCAUCUUUAUCUGAAGAAGAUUCGCAUAUCUUGCUUUGUAUUACAGGUCAUGCAGAGACCCCAGGAAGUGUCAACCUGCUUCCGACUUCAAUAUUUAGUAAUUUUAGCAUGGAGGAACCUCCACAAAUGCUGUGCAACUUUAAAAGUUCAACGGUUUGGACUUGUGCCUGGUGUUACAACCCACAGGCUGACAAGUGCUUCAGUACAGGUUUGCAGCACCGUGUUGUCGUGACUGAUGCUGUGACAGGGAAGAAGCAGAUUUUCAGCACAAGCCGUGAUGUUCUUGCUCAGCAGUUUGCUCGCCGGGUGCCAGUGUUAUACAAUGGUUGUCGGUCUGGGGAGAUUUUCAGCAUCGACAUCAGGCAACGAACAAAGAAAUGGCAGAGCUGGAAAUGUUCUCAUUUCUUCCAUCAGUCUGCUGUGACCUCCAUCCGAAUCCUGCAAGAUGAAAAUUAUCUUUUGGCUGCAGACAUGAUUGGGAAGAUUAAGCUUUGGGAUUUGAGGAUGGCAAGAUGCGUCAAGCAGUAUGAUGGCCAUCACAACAAGCACGCUACACUCCCCAUCCACGUUAACGAAGAAGUGGGCAUUAUUUUAGCGGUUGGACAGGAUCACUACACCCGAAUCUGGAGUCUGAAAGACGGUUGUCUCCUCCGAACGAUCCCAUCUCCUGACUAUGGAUGCGACGCGAUUCCCAGCAUUGCAUUCUCUGCACGACUAGGAGGGAGCAAAGGUGUACCUGGACUGUUAAUGGCUGUCAAACAGGACCUCUAUCACUACACAUACAAGACCGACCUCUGACCAGCUUAGACCAUGAAAAGCUUCAAGAUCAUGGUGCACCUGCUUCAAGGUGGUUUCUUGAUAGUGAUGCAGCAGUGUGAUGUUUGAAGAAAACACUUUAUAAAUUUCUGUUUUCAUUCAUCUUCCCCUGGACAAAGAGUGAUUUUAUUUUUCAAAUCUGGGGGGGGGAAGGGGAGAUCUGGAAAAUCUGUCUGGCAUCACCGAAGUCCUGGGUAUGCCAGAUUAUAGGAGUUUUAUUGUAAUUAGAUGGUUAUUAUUGCUCGGGAAAUUUCACACAAAAAUUGGAUAGUUAUGUUAUAUCAGACGUUGGUGAAGUCGCAUCAAGAAAAUUGUGCGAUUCAAAAGACAUUUAAGUAAUUGAGUCUACUUAGCCAUUCGAUCAUGGCUGAUCUAUUUUUUUCUGUCAUCCCCAUUUAUAGCUGAAGCCUAACUGGGAUGAUAGUCAAAAGCAACUUUUCUAUAUCAAACCUCUGAUGGACUCGUGUUUCUUCAACAGCCUUCCUUCACUUUGUCCUGCCAACUCGCAAAUCCCUAUUCUGAUAACCCUUUAUUCUGCUUUUUCCAAUUUUCUACAAAUCAUAGCACUCGCCAAAACUGUCUCUGCCUAUUGUUGCCUCCUUUGUCUAUUGUCAUCCUGUAAUUACUAAUUUUAAAUCUUACAAUAAUAUCUUAACAUAUAACGACACGGUUUGUAGCUGUGUAUAAUUUGUAUCCGCAGGUUAGCUGGAAAGAUUUGAUGGAGGAGAGUAGUAAUGGAGUGGAUCCAAAGACUUGGUUUGAGAGUAGAGGACCCACAAUCUGAUGGAACAGUCACACUUGAUGAGUGUGUAUACAUUAAUCAGAGUUUUAAUACAUCUAUCAUCGAUGUUUAUCUUUAUCAUGCUAAUGUUCAAUUAAAAUUGAAGACUU